AUGGCCGACCCUCUGCUGGAGUUCUUCACCCAGAUGGACAUCCAGGGCGGUGUUGUCGUUCAGGGUGAGUAUUCCCCCAAAUUUGAUCUCGAUCUCUAUAUCCAAAACUACCGCGGCCGUACCAGAUUUGACCGUCUCCUCCUCAUCGGCCGUAGCUCAGUAAAGCUCUGCGUCGAAGCUCUCAAGGCCGCCCUCGCCGAAGCCAAGCGUGGCCGCGACACCCAGCGAUACAGAGACGUUUUUGAAUACCUUCGCGUAGCUGCUCCCAAUGACCCCGAUGCCGUCUUUGAUAAGAAAUGGGUAGACAGGCAGGACGUCGCCAACCAUGAAGAGACCCAACGGCUGCUCACCGAGCUAAAGGGAUAUAAGAACAACCUUGUCAAGGAGAGCAUCCGGAUGGGCAACGAAGACCUAGCCAAACAUUACGAAGCAAUCGGCGACCUCAACGCGGCCUCUGAGCACUACUCCAAAAUGCGCCCCGACGUCUCCACGGCGAAGCACGUCAUCGACGUCGGCAAACACCUCGUCCGCGUGGCCAUCCAAAGAAGAGAGUGGAGCAUGGUCGCGCCCCAUCUCGUAAAGAUGACGCUCGGGGGGCAGUACCCCGAAGAAGAGCGCAACGCCCAACCGUUCAUCCGCGUAGCUUCUGGCAUCGCCCUCCUCGGCCAAGAAAAAUACUGGGAAGCGGCCCUCUCCUUUCUCGACGCCGACCCAAACGUCCCGCCAAAAGCCUACAAUGAACUCGCCAGCCGUAACGACAUUGCCGUCUAUGGCGGUUUGCUUGCGCUGGCGACAAUGGACCGCAAGCAGCUCCAGAGUAUGGUGUUGGAGAACCAGAAUUUCAGAGUGUUUCUGGAACCGGAGCCGCACAUCAGGCGGGCGGUGACGAUGUUUGUUAAUGGGAGGUAUUCGGCUUGCAUUGAGAUUUUGGAGGGGUACAGGACGGAUUAUCUGCUGGACAUCUACCUCCAGAAGCACGUCAGCAAGAUUUAUGCCAAGAUCAGGAGCAAGUGUGUGGUGCAGUAUCUGAUUCCGUUUUCGUGCGUGAGUUUGGACACGCUGGAGAAGGCGUUUGGGAGUCCAGAGAGGCCGAUUGAGGAGGAGCUGGCGGUGAUGAUUGAGGAGGGGGUCUUGGAGGCGAGGAUUGAUGGGCUCGAGAGGCUCGUCAACACAGUCAAGAUUGACCCGAGAGCUCAAAUGCAGGCUUCGGCAUUGGUUUCUGCCGAGAAUUACGAGAAGCAGGCUAUUGAGCGGUUGAGAAGGAUGGCGAUUGCAGCUGCGGAUUUGGAGCUGAUGCCGACCAAGAAGCAGGGGUUGCAUCUCCCGCUUGGUGGUGAUAUUUCUUUUGGGGAUCAGGAGAUUGUGAUGGGUUGA